AGUUCAGUUCGCUGCGGCCGGCAAGCGAGGCAGCAUGUCCCGUGCCGCGCCUUUAGCUCUCGCGCUCGCGCUACUCGCCACUCUCGCCGCGUGCGUAGAGGAAGAUUGCAUAGACUGGGAGGGCAAGUCAGUGCCUCACGGGCUGUUGUAUGUGCCAGGGCCUGGGGUGUGUUCCAUCUGUGUGUGCUACCACUCAAAGCCCAUGUGGUGCAAAGCUAUUUACUGUGAUCCGCCUUAUUUCUGCAAAAACUUCCGUGUUGGGGAGCGUUGUUGCGAAUUUGAAUGCUUGGACCCACCUGGAGAAGACACCAGGUAUCGUGAGCGACAGCGCCUACGAGCUCUCAUCCUUGCCGGCAACUCUUCAGCACCUCACACCAAACCUUCCUUACAAAUCAAAGCUGGAAUCUCAUUGAUAGCAGUGGCUGUUGCGAGAUUCGUCUGAAGAGAGACAAUUUGACGAUAUAUUUUCGUCUAAUAACGGAUAUAUAUCGCAGGUCUUGUGAUUUAUUAAUCUGCCAAUUCAAAGUAAAUAAAACUCAACUUAUCGUAAAAAAACGUAUAAAUAUACACGGUGCUAAGAUAGGUAUCUUAGUGGUUGACACUCUCGUCACAGAACUUUACCUAAAUAACUUCUAACAACUUAACCUAAAAUCUGAAAAGGGACGCAACUACGUCACUCAUAAGUGACACCUCUUACAGGGGAAAAUGUUUGUUCGUAUUAUUCUAUGAUUACAACACAAUACUCCAAGGUCAGACAAGAUGGUACUUUAUAUAAGAUUACUUAGUUAUUCUAAAAUAAUUUCGACUCUUCAAAACCUUAGUAAAAACUCUUGUUACGAUUUCCUCCUAGUUCACUAUCUUUUUCUAAUAACCCAAUUGCCAAAGAAAACACCAAUUUACCUCUAUCGAUACCUUUUAUAAAUUCACUUAAGUUACAUUAAGACUUUAAUUAGCUAGUCAUAUUUUUACAGAAACAAAUUAGCUUACAGAUAAUUUCUAAUUGUAUCGGAAAAAUAAUAGAAUAUCAAUCAGACAACUCCGUUAUUAUCUGUAAAAAGAAAUAAGGUAUUUACACCGACAAUAAUCAUAAAAGCUAGAUUAAGAUUUAAAAUCUUGCUUUUGUGGGUAGAAUUGUAAUAAUGAUUAAUUUAUAACCUUCCACAUUUUUCCGAAAUUUUAUUAAAAUAUAGCAAGCAAUUUACGAAGAGUCUAUAGAAGUCUUCAACUUACGACAAAAUGGAGGCCUGCCAAGUUUUUACCCAUAAAAAGACAAAAUGAUCGUUUAAAAAAUGUUUGGUAUCUACAAAUGAUCAGUUUGAUUUCAUAAAAGAUACGAUAGAAUUAUAACUUAAAUAAUUGUCAUAUCGCUUAAAAGAUUUUCAAAAAUAUAAUAAAAUAAGGUACUUGCCGUUUUUAAAUAUUGAGCGACCUGUUUUUUUUUUUGUACGUUUUGUUUUGCGACUAGGGUUAUUAUGGCACGGCUGAUUUGAUAUUUUAAAUAUUAGUAUUUAAGUUUAAUGAUAAUAAUUUAUUACACAGAUAAUAAUUAGAUACAAAUAAAAUGUUCGGACCAAUUUUAUGUAAACAAGUAGCCUGGUGUUCAAUAACAUUUAUUUUCAAUUUUAAUUUUCAUGUUAAAUGUGUCUUGUCCGUUAGAAAUUAAAAAAGAAUACAGAUAACAACAAUUAUGUACCAUUUUGAAUGUACGGCUUUAUCGACGUACCACUCUUAAUAUAUAUAGAAAAAAAAAACAAAUUAAAUUAUACAAUGAGCACCUACAAUAUCUGUUUGUUUUCGUAGUAGGUACCUACUUAAGUAUUUUAUGGUGCAAUAAUUCCCUAAAAAGAUGUAUAAUCCACAAUGAGUGGUAAAGCAACUGCAAUAUUGUACAAUGUAUACACUGUGUAUAGAAUGUAAAGUUGUUUUUAAAUGUGUUGAUUUCGUGGCGAAAUAGAUGAACUUUUAAUAGACAACGUAAAUAGAUUAGUGUUUUAUUUAGAAAAAAAAAUACUAUAUUGUUUAUACUGUUCAAUAUUGCAACUAAUCGCUCGUGAGAAUGGACCACAAAAUAAAGAAAAAGUUGUCUGGAACAUUAAAUGAUUACAUUGUACGCUAAUUAUUUUAAUGAUAAUCUGUGUGCCUUACACAGCUCUAUCGAGAUUUCGCUCGAAAUAACAUAAAAUAAUUUAUUCUCCCUUCUACAUUAUAUAAAAAUCCAGUGAUAUUAUAAAGUAGAUAAAUUAUAGAAUAUACCAAAUGAAAUAAUUAUGGGCUCUUCACAUCUUAAUAAAUCGUGUAGAUAGGCACUUGAAAAUUGUAGCUUUAAAUUACUUACGUCAUAUCAUCGGCUGUUAGGCCUAAUGCUCACUGAGACAUAUAGAAGCGGUAACAGCUUCGUCACUGCGCAAUGAUAAUGUAAAACUAUGCACUAAAUUUACGUAAGUAAGCGAAUGGUGAAUUUGUUACCGUAUCCUUUGUCGCAAGUACACGCCUAGCCUUAGAAUUUAAAAUACAGCAAUGCGAUACAUAGAUUUAGAUAUUUUUUCUAUUUUUUUUUUAUAUUUCCAUUAUAAAACAACAUUAAAAAGCUAGAUUGCAAUGCUAGACAGAUUAUACGCUAAUAAUUAUAUAAAUUAUAAUAUCUGAUUUAGGAAUAUGAUUCUAUAAUUUUUGAAUAUAGCCUUGACCUCAAAUUGUGAACCAAACAACAAAACUGUAAAAAAAUAAAAAAAGGAUUGUUUUUCAUAAUUAUUAUAUUUGAUUUAAAUUUCAAAAAAUACUGUAGUAUGACUUCUAAAUCCAUAGAAAAUUAGCGUGACCAAGAUAUUUGACCUAGGUCAUAGGCAUAAAAAGUAGCUUUGACAAUAAAAACUUUCGCUACACACGAAGUGUUUUAUAAUUACAUCUUCUCACGGCAAUUAUAUUAGGAUUAUUUAAAUUUGGCUUAAACAUUGACAUCUAGAUAUCGUCAUAACAUAUCAACUAAAAUGAGUCACAUCCAGCUUAAUUGUGAUACACAAAAUUGUAGAUUAUUUUUAAAAUAAGACUACUGGUCUAUUUAUGAGAUAUAAGAUAAAAAAGCUACUUUAUUAUCUAUAAUUAGUAAGGAACAAUAAUUUGGGACUUUUAAUAAAAAUAACCUAUAAAAGAUAUUUGGCUAUACUGUCAAAAUUAAGCCAAUGAUUGAUCUAAACCGUAGACAGAGAAACAAACUGUCUACGAUCUAAACCUAUGAUUGACUAUAAAACUAUGACCUAUAUUAUGGACGUAAUAUUAUUAUCCGACGGACAAUCAGAAGUAAAAUAAUUGUUAUUGGCUUAUGAUUAAAAUAAUAUUAUUUUUAUAUUCCGACAUUUGGAUCCUUAAUGAAAACCGUUUCUGUUUACAUUAUAUUAUACGGAAAUUAAAAAGUCACAAUACUUUUUUUUUAAUUCAUCAAAACAGUAU